GGCGUCGGCCACGUUCAGCGGACACGGGAGCAACAUGGCGAUUCCGGGCAGGCAGUAUGGGCUUAUUUUGCCAAAGAAAACACAGCAGUUGCACCCUGUUUUGCAAAAACCAUCAGUGUUUGGGAAUGAUUCUGAUGAUGAUGAUGAGGCAUUUCAGUGUAUAUCCAGUACUGGUGUUUAAAGGAAAGUUAUUAAAGUUUGGAAUAAGGGUACCUGAAUUGGAAUCUUGCUUUGCCAUUCACCAGCUGUUUGUCCUUCAAUUCUCUCAGACCUCUGUGAGUGAAAGCCUUCAGAGGGAAGCUGCUAAGAAGCAGGCCAUGAAACAGACCAAACUGGAAAUCCAGAAGGCCCUUGCAGAAGAUGCUACUGUGUAUGAAUAUGACAGUAUUUAUGAUGAAAUGCAGAAAAAAAAGGAGGAAAAUAAUCCCAAAUUGCUUUUGGGGAAAGACAGAAAGCCCAAGUAUAUUCACAACUUGCUAAAAGCAGUUGAGAUCAGAAAAAAGGAACAGGAAAAAAGAAUGGAAAAGAAAAUACAGAGAGAACGAGAAAUGGAAAAGGGGGAGUUUGAUGAUAAAGAAGCAUUUGUGACAUCUGCAUAUAAGAAAAAACUGCAAGAGAGAGCUGAAGAAGAAGAAAGAGAAAAGAGGGCUGCUGCACUGGAAGCAUGUUUGGAUGUAACCAAGCAGAAAGAUCUCAGUGGAUUUUAUAGGCACCUAUUAAAUCAAGCAGUUGGUGAAGAGGAAGUACCUAAAUGCAGCUUUCGUGAAGCCAGUUCUGGUAUAAAGGAAGAAAAAUCAAGGGGCUUCUCCAAUGAAGUAAGUUCAAAAAACAGAAUACCACAAGAGAAAUGCAUUCUUCAAACUGAUGUGAAAGUAGAGGAAAACCCAGAUGCAGACAGUGACUUCGAUGCUAAGAGCAGUGCGGAUGAUGAAAUAGAAGAAACUAGAGUGAACUGCAGAAGGGAAAAGGUCAUAGAGACCCCUGAGAAUGACUUCAAGCACCACAGGAGUCAAAACCACUCUCGGUCACCUAGUGAAGAAAGAGGGCACAGUACCAGACACCACACGAAAGGAUCACGAACGUUGAGAGGACAUGAGAAAAGGGAAGAUCAGCACCAACAGAAGCAAUCCAGAGACCAAGAGAACCAUUACACUGACCGUGAUUACCAGAAAGAAAGGGAUUCUCAUAGGCACAGAGAGGCCAGUCAUAGAGAUUCCCAUUGGAAGAGGCAUGAACAGGAAGAUAAACCAAGGGCGAGGGACCAAAGAGAAAGAAGUGACAGAGUAUGGAAAAGGGAGAAAGAUAGGGAGAAAUAUUCCCAAAGAGAACAAGAAAGAGAUAGACAACAAAAUGAUCAGAACCGACCCAGUGAGAAAGGAGAGAAGGAAGAGAAAAGCAAAGCAAAGGAAGAGCAUAUGAAAGUAAGGAAGGAAAGAUAUGAAAAUAAUGAUAAAUACAGAGAUAGAGAAAAACGAGAGGUAAGUGUUCAGUCUUCAGAAAGAAAUCGAGACAGAAAGGAAAGCAGCCCAAAUUCUAGGGCAAAGGAUAAAUUUCUUGACCAAGAAAGAUCCAACAAAAUGAGAAACAUGGCAAAGGACAAAGAAAGAAACCAAGAGAAACCCUCUAAUUCUGAAUCAUCACUGGGAGCAAAACACAGACUCACAGAGGAAAGGCAAGAGAAGGGUAAAGAACAAGAGAGACCACCUGAGGCAGUGAGCAAGUUUGCAAAGCGGAACAAUGAAGAAACUGUAAUGUCAGCUAGAGACAGGUACUUGGCCAGGCAGAUGGCGCGGGUUAAUGCAAAGACCUAUAUUGAGAAAGAAGAUGAUUGAUGGCUACCCCAAGAGAAAGAUUUAAGGAAGCACAGAAAACUGUAAUUCCUGGAACCUGCUGCGUAAAACCAUAAAGGAGUGUGUUACCAGUAGUUUGGAGGGCAUUUUUAAAUUUAUUUUCAAAAUUUUAAGUUAAAAGUCAGUCUUACAGCUUGGAUGUUUGGAUGUGGAUGUUUGGCUGAAUUUAUAUAUAGUGUGUACUCAUCAAUACCACAUUCUUUGUUGUAUUCAAGAACCGUUAAGAGUGUGCUAAUUCCCUGUAGGUACAUAAUGAGGAAAAUUUGCUCCACUACAACCAUUAAAAAAUAAUUUUGGCCAGAUACGGUAGCUCGUGCCUGUAAUACCAACAUUUUGGGAGGCCAAGGCAGAAGGAUAUUGACGCUAGGCAUUCAAGACCAGCCUAGGCAGGAUAAUGAGACCUUGUCUCUAUUUAAAAAACAAAAAGCCUAGCAUGGUAGUCCAUGCCUGUAGUCCCAGCUGUUCGAGAGGCUGAGGCAAGAAGAUCAUUUGAGCCUAGCAAUUUGAUGUUACAGUGAGCUAUGAUCAUACCACUGCACUCCAACCUGGGCAACAGAAUGAGACCCUGUCUCUAAAAAAAAUUUUUUUAAAUAAAUAAUUUAACUCUUCUAAUAAUGUUUUGUUGCAGGAGCUGUAUUUCAGAUAAAAUAUGGAUUUGAAAAAUAGAAAAUAUACUUUAUGUUCUGAAAUUUGUAUUUAAGUAUAAAAUGUGAAUCAUCUUGUCUAAAUAGCUUACAGCGUAGUUGGCUUAAAUGAAAAUAAAAUGAUAUGCUUAUA